AUGGUCAAGGUCAAGGUCAACCACUACCUCGACUACACAAAAUGCACGGUGGACGAGCUGCAGAAGUUCAUCAAGGACCGCACCGGCAAGGACACCACUUCGCGGAGUGUUCCUUACAUGGCCGCUAAGCUGAGAKUUCUCGACAAAGAUGCCACGUUCAGAUUCCAGGACCUGCCGACCGAGAUGAGACUCGCGGUGUACGCCGAGCUGAUGCACCGCCCGGAUCCAUACGAUACCAAGACCAUCCACUCGCAGAUUCUGGCAACGUCCAAGGAGAUCAAUCGUGAGGCUGAGCCAGAGCUCAAUGUUAGGGGAAACCUGCUGAUACGGAUCGCGCCUCACCCUACUUAUCGGAGAGCUCACUGCAGCAUGGGAAGCCGCACAUUCAAACUUUACAACGUCGGCGGAAUCGAUGCAUGCAGUGCCAUGUGGCCACUUUACGAUCGCUGUGUUGGAGAUAUUCCCAGGAUCCAGAACAUGACCAUCCACAUCACCGAGGGACGUUUGGCGGGUGGCAUGUACAGCAGGCCCGACCAAGACAGAAUCGUCGGAUUUCUCUAUGCCCUGACCGCAGCAAUUCGCACGAGCAAGGUGCGCACAUUGAAACUUCGGAUUGAUCCAGGAGUCCAACAGCACUCGGAAUCAUGUCUUUGGCCACUUUACAGAAUCCAUUCCAUAGUGGACUUCUCUAUGGAGGGAGUCUCUCGCAGGACUGAGAAACGCAUCUUCAAGGACCGGGCGGGCAGUGGCGCUGGGGCUGAUCUUAUCUCGAAGGGCAGAGCGUUGAUGACAAGACUUGACGAGCUGGUGGARCUCUUUGCCACCCAGAAUCCUCACAUGUUGUCGAAGGUUGGGAAAUUGCGGUCCAAGGUGACGAGGGCCACUAGAUGGAGUUUGUAUCUCCACGGCGAUGAAACGCAGAUGAAGACGCUUAACCUAGUGGAGCGUGAUCUGGGAAAGAAGGGCAUGAGAAAAUCCAUCCAGAAGGCUGAGGAAGCCUCGAAGGCGGGCGAGAAGAGUGACAAGGGCGAGAAGAGUGACGAGGGCGAGAAUAGUGAAGAGGGCGAGGAAGCUAAGUAG